UGCGUAGCGCUUGCUGUGUGUUCUUUUGUCUUUGUAGAAUGCCGAAUGCCGACAAAAUCCGGACCAUAACAUAACUGUUACUUUAAAGCAUCGACCCCAGAACGGCCAGAACGCUGUAAGGGCGACGGAGCGGCAGCUCUCAACCUCUGCACUUGCCCAGUCCGGUGUCCGGUCACCCUGGUCCUUCCUUUUCCAUUCCAGUGUUUAAAUGCUAGGGUGCCACUGAGUGGUUGGUGCGUUGGUCCUUCUUGUUGCUGCAAAAGUCAAUGUCGACAAUGAGCAUAUCAAGUGACGAGGUCAACUUCCUAGUGUACCGGUAUCUGCAGGAGUCGGGCUUCCAGCACUCGGCGUACACCUUUGGAAUCGAGUCUCACAUCGCCCAGUCCAACAUCAAUGGCGGCAUCGUGCCCCCCGCCGCCCUGCUGGCCAUCGUCCAGAAGGGGGUCAAGUACACCGAGGCCGAGAUCAUGCUCGGAGAGGACGGGGUUGACCAGCGGAUGAUGGAAAGUCUGUCUUUGAUUGAUGCCGUGAUGCCAGACAUUGUCACCACUCGUCAGCAGGCCCUGCAGCAGCAGACGCAACAGUCCGGGACCGUUUCAAAGGGCUCUUCAGGCCUCAUAAAACAGGAGCAAGAGGCAAAUGGAGAAGAAAAUUCAACUACGGCUGGAAGUACCGUCACUUCGGGCAUAAAUUAUUCAUCAAACUUAACCAGUGGUACAACCACUGAGCCUAUGGACGUGGACAGCAGCAUCGAGAUUCCUGCAAACAAAGCCACUGUUCUAAGAGGGCAUGAAUCGGAAGUGUUCAUUUGCGCCUGGAAUCCGACGCAGGACCUUCUUGCUUCAGGAUCGGGUGACAGCACAGCGCGCAUUUGGGAUAUGAACGACAAUUCGACCACUCAGCUACCAAAUCAGUUGGUCCUGCGGCAUUGCAUUCAAAAGGGUGGCACCGAAGUGCCCAGUAAUAAGGACGUAACAUCACUAGAUUGGAAUUGCGAUGGAAAAUUCCUGGCAACAGGCUCUUACGAUGGCUACGCAAGAAUCUGGACGACUGAAGGUCGUUUAGCAUCGACGCUGGGGCAGCACAAGGGGCCCAUAUUUGCACUCAAGUGGAACAAAGAGGGCAACUACAUCCUUAGUGCGGGCGUUGACAAGACGACCAUAAUCUGGGACGCUAAGACGGGCCAGUGUACCCAGCAAUUUUCAUUCCACUUGGCUCCGGCAUUGGACGUCGACUGGCAGAGCAACAACAGCUUUGCUUCGUGCAGCACUGACCAGUGCAUACACGUGUGCAAACUGCACGUGGACAAGCCCAUCAAAUCCUUCCAAGGUCACACGAACGAGGUCAACGCCAUCAAGUGGGAUCCGACAGGCACCUUGCUCGCCUCCUGCUCCGACGACAUGACGCUGAAGAUUUGGUCGAUGAAGCAGGACAACUGUGUGCAUGACCUGCAGGCGCACAGCAAAGAAAUUUAUACGAUCAAAUGGAGUCCGACUGGAAAGGGGACGGCAAACCCCAACAUGAAUUCCAUCUUAGCAAGCGCCUCAUUCGACUCAACAGUUCGGUUGUGGGACGUUGACCGGGGUGCGUGCAUCCACACACUAACAAAGCACACAGAGCCGGUGUACAGUGUUGCUUUCUCACCAGACGGCAAAUUUCUCGCAUCUGGUAGUUUUGAUAAAUGCGUGCAUAUUUGGUCUACUCAGAACGGCCAGUUGGUGCAUAGCUAUAAGGGAACUGGUGGAAUCUUUGAGGUGUGCUGGAACUCUCGUGGUGACAAAGUAGGCGCCAGUGCCUCCGAUGGAAGUGUAUUCGUCCUUGAUCUUCGUAAACUGUAAAUAUUUUAUUCUUUCUCUCUGGGGGGCGGACUUUAAGAAGAAGUUAAAAGAAAUGACGCUAUUAGUUCAAAAGGAUCAAGCCAGAUGACAGUGCAUUAAGGGUGACAGUGUUGCUGGUGAGUGUACUUGUGACAAUGCUGGAGGCAGUGUGGUGCACCAAGAGACGAACCCUUUGCGAACGCACCAGACACUUCUUAUGUCUUUUUGCAACCCUUUUUUUAUGCUUCUCAUUUUUUUAAAAAACAAGAAAAUUAGUAGGUGGAAAUCAAAUGUUGAACUAUUAACUGGUCGAGGAAAGAGAAUUUAAUAAAGUGACAGUAAAGAUAUAUUCAUCAGGGAUUUCCGUAUUAAUAGUUGAUUAAUUCUACACAGUCGGAGACAUUUCUUUUUGCAAUUUUUGCUCAUUUUUCCAAAUGUAUUUUCCUGAUAAAAAAGUUAUCUGAUCAAAAUAUAUUUAUUUCAGGACUACCUUGAAACUAAACGAAAACUUCCAAAAUUUCUUUUGUGAAAGAAAAAUGUCACUUAUUAUUCUGUUCCAUUAGCCACUUUUAAGCUACCUUGGUACAAUUAGAAUUUUUUAAAUGUGACAAACAGUUGAAUAAAACACUAACAAAUUAUAACAAUUAAUUUUGUUUAUAUAGGGAAUUUCACUAUAACACAUU